CAGAAGUGUUGAAGGCUGGGCUGAAGGAAGAGGACUGGAGGAUAUUCGCAUGGGCUGGAAUCUGUUGUCCAUCAUCUUCAAUUGACCGAACAGACAGCUACGUGGACAGGAAUUUGGCAUGUGCACCCAUUUGGACCAGCGCUGUGUUGAUGACACUCCCGCUUCCUCAAACCCCACGGGUUGGGGCGGAUCAUAAUGGGAGGUUUAAAAGGGCAACCAGCAUCAUGGGAGCCAAACAAAUGAAAUGCCUCAGUUCAUCAAGUCCAUCACACACACCUAAGGAGGAGUACAUUAUUGCCAAAUCUGAAGAUUCAGGAGAACUGGUUGGGAACCACACGGAACAACCACAAAGCCUAGAGGAUGUAGUGAAAUCCUCAGCCACUGAUCCGUCUCCUGGCCCAGAACAUGUUGCAAAAGAGGAAAGCAGCACAUGGGAAGAACAGCUAUGUGCACAGCAGGAACAGCUAGAGAAGGAGAUGCAGGAGACCAGGAAAAUGGUCUCACGGCUUCAGGCUUUACUCCUGCACGGCUCUCUACCUGAGGAUGAGCAGACGUCUACUCUGAGCUUUGGAGACACUGCCAGCUCUGAGCAGCAGUUGAUUUUAACCCGCAGCCGUCUGGAUCAGAGUAUGGAGGAGUCUUUAGAUCUGAAGAGAGAACUUUUAAGAUACAAACAGGAGGCACGCAAUCUGCAGGCUGUUAAGGAUGCCUUGCAGCAGAGAAUGUCUGUGCAGGAGGAUUCAGUGCUGCAGCUCAAACAAGAGCUGCUCAGAUCCAGCAUGACCAGAGAGGAGCUCGAGGGACAGAACGUGGAACUAGAAAGAAAGCUGAGUGAAAGGAACAGAUUGCUGAGCGAAUACAAAAAAGAACUCGGGCAGAAAGACAGACUUCUUCAGCAACAGCAAGCAAAACUGGAUGAUGCACUGCGCAGAAUCAGUGAAAGCUAUCACAGGUUGUCAGGCUGUGAGAACAAUGGCUACAGUCACAUGAUGGACACGUCAUCGGCUGUGUUCCAACACAGAAUAGGGGAUGAGCUGCAGUUGGUGCGAGAUGCUCUACGCAGCCUGAGAGACAGUUUCAGUGGUCACGACCCACAGCAUCACACACUGGACACACUGGAGCAGGGGGUGGCCAGUCUGGUGGACCGCCUUCACACCACAGACACCAAAAAAAGACCAGAGAGAAAGGGUUCAACAAGGUCACCUGGAAGAAAAGCCAAUCACACAGAUCGAGAGUCAUGGCCAUCAUCCUCUAAGAUCGCUCAUUCUCACAGUAGCCCUGUUCUCAGUGCAGCAGCCUCAACCAAAGUACUCUACUACACAGAUCGCUCUCUCACACCCUUCCUGGUCAACAUCCCUAAAAGGCUGGGGGACGUUACUCUCCAGGACUUCAAGGCGGCUGUGGAUCGACAUGGCAGUUUUAGAUAUCACUUCAAAUCUCUGGAUCCAGAGUUCGGAACGGUGAAAGAAGAGGUGUUUCAGGAUGAUGCUGUUAUACCUGGAUGGGAAGGGAAGAUUGUUGCAUGGGUGGAAGAGGACCACGGAGAAGGAAGAUAAAGCAUGAGGGUUUCGAUUCAUUCAGAAUGUAUGUUUUUCCCCACAUAUACCUCAUCCCUGAAAAAACUAAACUCAGAAGCCUUUUACCUGUCCUAACUGUGAACUCACUCACAUUUCAUAACAGCGGGUAAGUGUGUGUAAAACAGAGUAUAUGUAUUUUAAAGAAUGAACGACGACUGAAAUGUUAAUAUAAUUCAAAUCAGUUUACAGCUAAAUACUAUUAAAAGGUUUGUCAGUGUGUUGAGGUUUUCCAAAAACUAUUUCAACAAUGCCAUUGUGAUUAACCAAGAAAAAAAAGCUUAUUUAUUUGUGCAGUAAGGAGUAAUAAACAUGUUGCGUUAGUUGCCAAAUUGUGACAAACAUACCACAGACUGUGUGCAUGUGUUGUCCGUGCCAUUUUAAGAGAACGUAUCAUAAGAAGAAUAUGCGCACAUUCACUGUAAUAUAUUUUUCACAAGAAUUUGUCAACAUUUCUUGACUACACUUUCAAAAUAAGAGGUGGUAAAAGCAGGGACCAUUUUGUUUGUAUAAAUUUGUAACAUUUGAACAAGUAUUCCUUUUGUAUAUGAUUGUACUUUUCCAAUCGAGUUUGCAUGUUCAUAGUGUUUGGUAUCUGUGUUGUAAAUGCAAAUGCUGUUGACACUUGUCCACCUUUUAUUAAAGGCAUUCUGUGCACAGGAUUAUUGGUAUAUUUAAUUGACUAAAAUCUC